AUGUGGAAGAGAAUCGACCGUCAACUCAAGAUCAGAGCAGGGGAUGGGCCUCCGGCAAGCCAGCUCAAGGAAUUGGGUCCAGCUCAGGAACUCACUGUGCCACACCCUGUAGUGCUGUCAGAGUUCCAGAGCUUCCCUGUGUUUGAGGACAUCAGUCAUCACAUCAAAGAAGUGGGGGCCCAACUGGUAAAGAAAGUCAAUGCCAUCUUUCAGCUGGACAUCACCAAGGAUGGGAAGACCAUUCUGAAGUGGACCAUUGAUCUGAAGAAUGGCUCUGGGAACAUGUAUCCAGGACCCGCCAGGCUCCCAGCGGACACUGUCUUCACAAUCCCGGAGCCUGUCUUUAUGGAGCUGGUUUUCGGCAAAAUGAACCCUCAGAAGGCUUUCCUUGCUGGCAAGUUCAAAGUGAGCGGCAAAGUUCUGCUUGGCCAGAAGCUGGAGAGGGUUUUCAAAGACUGGGCUAAGUACUGA